AUGAAGAUUCUCUGUCUCUGGUUUUCACUAGCAUGGACUCUUGCUCUCCUACCUUCUUCCUUCACUUCUGCAUCUACUAUGGAAUACACUUUUAAUGUUGAAAACAUGAAAAUAAAACGCUUGUGCAAGGAGCAAGUCAUAGUUGCAGUUAAUGGAAGUUUGCCUGGACCAACCAUAGAUGUAAGGGAAGGUGACACUGUGAUCGUCCACGUACUCAACCAGUCGCCCUACAAUAUCACCGUUCACUGGCAUGGAGUGUUCCAGCGUUAUAGUGCUUGGGCAGAUGGUACCGAAUAUAUAACUCAAUGCCCAAUUCGUCCGAGCCAUCGUUACAGCUAUAAAUUCAACGUUACAGGACAAGAAGGAACAUUGUGGUGGCAUGCUCAUGCAUUCGACUUACAAGCCACCGUUUAUGGUGCUUUCAUCAUUCGUCCUCGAUUCGGUCAUUUUUUUCCGUUUCCUCAACCCUACGGUGAAGUUCCGAUAUUAUUAGGUGACUGGUUUAAUAGUAAUGUCGUGGAUAUGGAAAUAGAGGCAUUGGACGAGGGCCAUGGCUCAAACACAUCCGUUGCUUACACCAUCAAUGGCUUACCUGGCGAUUUCUACAAUUGUUCCCAAAACCAGACCUUCAAGACUAAUGUGAAGCAAGGAAGGACAUAUUUAUUACGAAUGGUGAAUGCUGCUAUAGACAACCAUCUUUUCUUCAAGCUAGCAAAGCAUACCUUCACAGUUGUUGCCGUUGAUGCUUCAUAUACCGAACCUUAUGUCACAGACAUCAUAGUCCUUGCCCCAGGCCAAAGUGCUGAUGUCCUUUUCACGGCAAACCAAUCUGGGGGUUAUUACUACAUGGUUGCCGCACCUUACAGUGUUGGUGUGCCAUUGUUUGAUAACACAACAACUCGUGGCAUUGUCAUUUACGAUAAUGCAACAUCAUUACAACCUGUGAUGCCAACCCUACCGGCUAACAAUGACACAGCCACGGCUUUCAAGUUCUACAGUAAUAUCACAAGCCUAGUGGGGGCCCCACAUUGGGUCCCUGUCCCACUUAAUGUGGAUGAGCACAUGUUGAUUACAAUUGGAUUGGGCCUCGAGGUUUGUCCCGUGAAUCACUCAUGUUCAGGCCCAAAUAAAGAAAAAUUCUCUGCAAGCAUGAAUAAUCAAUCCUUUGUGAUCCCUCAAGGUAGAGGGUUCUCUAUGUUGGAAGCAUUUUUUUACAAUUUGAGUGGGGUUUACACUGCUAAUUUCUCUGAUUACCCUCCAACAAUGCUUGAUUUCACGAAUGAAAGUCUUAGUAAUGAUGAUAAACUUUUCUACGCAUCAAAAUCAACUAGGGCAAAGAAACUCAAGUUUAAUUCCACGGUGGAGAUUGUGUUUCAAAAUACAGCCUUUAUUGAUGAGAUAAACCAUCCCAUGCAUCUUCAUGGUCAUAGUUUCCACGUUUUGGCUCAAGGAUUUGGGGAUUUUAAUUACACUAGUGAUCGAGCCAAGUACAAUUUAAUUAAUCCUCAAUUUCGCAACACAAUUGGUGUGCCAGCGGGAGGAUGGGCAGUCAUCAGAUUCCGAGCAAAUAAUCCAGGGGUAUGGUUUACGCAUUGCCAUGUGGAUGAUCAUAUGCAAUGGGGACUGGACAUGGCGUUUGAGGUUGAGAAUGGACCAACUCCUUCAACUUCACUUCCGCCACCACCUACUGAUCUGCCAAAAUGUGAGCCAAGAGGCAUAGCACACAAAUGCAGCUUUGAAACCAACAAUGCUAUCUGUUUUCUUUAA